UCAGCCAUUUCGAGAUGCCUUGAGGCAAGUUUGGCAGAUACCCAGCCGAGGAUGAGCCCGACGAGGCAAGAUUACACAGGAUGUAAUGUCACUAAACGAGCUGAUGCCUGAGUCGGUCGGCAUGGCAGGUUACGCCAGUGUUCGACCACGAAUCUCUUCGCCGUCCUACUCACCAAAUGCCCUGUGUCAAUGAAAAAUCGCCGUGUGAAACACGCCGGGUUUCCGUGUGGAUCUCCUGAACUCCUGCCGCGUCUUUGCACGGCGGUGCAAUUCGCCAGUCCAGCGGGGGCCAGGGGCGUGAUCCAUCCUCCGUCCAGGCAGGCAGGCAGCGACCGCAUCUUCUCCCCCCCCUCCCACGCGAGCUUCUCGCGGCAGCGGGGGGCCGGGCGGCGCGCUGCCCACCAGCCAGCGGGUGGCUCGCGAAAGGUCUCCGCUUCCCGGGUGGACAGGGUGGGCCAAUCGGCGAGCGGGGCGGCCAGGGGCACUGGGAACAGGCGGCGGCGCCCAAUGUAGCCAAUAACACAACUCAAGAACACCCCAAUCCGACAUACGCAAAUGGUAGCCACGACACCACAUGGACAGGCGGAAUCCGAUACGCGAUGGAAAACAAGAGCCGCUUGUUUUUCUCGGAAGCAGUUCGUCUAGCUGCAUCGGCAGGCUGCCAGGGCGGGGCCUUCUAUGCUGCGAGGUGGCCCUCUCGCGUUCAGAAGAGCGGACGUGGCUGAGGAAAGAAUGCCGCGGGGACGAGGCGAGCAGCCGACCAGCGGCACCUCGACACUGUGAGAGGCCCAUUCGCUCCCCACGCUCACCUUCCCCACUCUCGGGUUGGGAGUCGCAGGCCUCCCCCCCUCAUUCAAUGCCACGCGGCUGGACAUCGAACAACCGCAUGACUGGCACGAGAAAGGGCAGCCUUGCCAUCAAGCAGGGCACCGUGAGCAAGAUCAGGUGACGGCGUUCUCCUCCUCCUCCUCC